ACACACAUACACUCAUUCAAAACUCAGUUUUUAUUUCCUCUUUCAAGACUGAUGGGAAAGAUCAAGAUUGGAAUUAAUGGAUUUGGAAGGAUCGGUCGUUUGGUUGCGAGGGUUGCUCUGCAGAGGGACGAUAUAGAUCUUGUUGCCGUUAAUGAUCCGUUCAUCAGCACCGAUUACAUGACAUACAUGUUCAAGUACGACAGUGUGCAUGGCCACUGGAAGCAUAAUGAAGUGAAGAUGAAGGAUGAAAAGACCCUUCUUUUUGGUGAUAAGCCAGUCAAGGUCUUUGGUUUCAGGAACCCUGAGGAGAUUCCAUGGGGUGAAGCUGGUGCUGAGUUUGUUGUGGAGUCUACUGGAGUAUUCACAGACAAGGAUAAGGCUGCUGCCCACUUGAAGGGUGGUGCUAAGAAGGUCGUAAUCUCGGCUCCCAGCAAAGAUGCUCCAAUGUUCGUCGUGGGAGUCAAUGAGAAGGAAUACAAGCCUGACUUAAACAUUGUUUCCAAUGCUAGUUGUACCACUAACUGCCUUGCCCCGCUGGCCAAGGUCAUCCAUGAUAAGUUUGGCAUUGUGGAGGGUCUCAUGACCACCGUCCACUCUAUUACUGCAACUCAAAAGACCGUCGAUGGUCCAUCAAUGAAGGACUGGAGAGGUGGAAGAGCUGCCUCAUUCAAUAUCAUUCCCAGCAGCACAGGAGCUGCCAAGGCUGUUGGUAAAGUGCUUCCUGCCCUAAAUGGGAAGUUGACGGGAAUGUCUUUCCGAGUCCCCACAGUUGAUGUUUCGGUAGUGGACCUCACAGUGAGGCUUGAGAAAGAGGCCACCUAUGAAGAGAUCAAAGCCGUCAUCAAGCAAGAAUCAGAGAACAAUCUCAAGGGCAUCUUGGGUUACACUGAAGAUGAUGUGGUGUCCACAGACUUUGUGGGUGACAGCCGGUCGAGCAUUUUCGAUGCCAAGGCCGGAAUUGCAUUGAGCAAGAAUUUUGUGAAACUUGUCUCGUGGUACGACAACGAAUGGGGCUACAGCUCACGAGUGAUCGAUCUGAUCGUCCAUAUGGCUUCGGUUGCAUGAUGGCCUCAGCUUGUGUUACAAGAGCUCAUAUCUUGAGUUACUGAUGAAGCAACAUUGUUUUUACUUCUUAACUGCCCUCUUGAGCUUAUUUCAAAUAAACCCUACUACAGUGUUGCUUGCUUGGCUUUGCAGUUUCAUAUUUUUACCAGAGUCAGUUGUAAUAGGGCUA